AUGGAGCACCGCGCGGCGCCGCCGGACGACGUGAUCGUCCAGGUGAACGCCGCCGCCGUUGCGGCCCUGGACGAAAGGAUCUCGACGGGUCAGAUCACCGAGGAGGACGUCGGCAUCGUCGACGACGGCAAGCAGAUCGGCGGCGGCGGCGGCCGCACACGCCGGACCUUCAGCCAGUCGUACAAGAUGAGGCACCGCAACCCUCCCUCUGGAGUUCACGCGGUGGCAGUUGGCGCUGCUGGGGUACCAGUCGCUGGGCGUGGUGUACGGCGACAUCGGGACGUCGCCGCUGUACACCUUCUCGUCCUUCACCCUGCCGGACCCCGGCGCCGACGACGUCCUCGGCAUCCUCAGCUUCAUCCUCUGGACGCUCACCCUCGUCAGCCUCGUCAAGUGGCACCUUUGCCCUGUACUCGCUCUUGCGCCAGCACGUCAACUUCAGCGGCAAGUCGAUGCCGGUGCCGGCUGGCAUCAGAUGCCAACCUCAAGUUCCACAGCAAAAAGAGCAGGCUGCAACCAAGGAUGCUCAAGUUCCUGGAAGGCAGCCCCAUUGCGCAGGCAGUCAUUACCUACCUUGUGCUGGUUGGAACUUGCAUGGUGAUGGGGGACGGCGCCCUCACUCCAUCCAUCUCAGUCCUGUCAGCUGUUCAAGGAAUCCAGUCAAGAUCCUCUAGCAUUAAACAAGGGCACGUUGUCCUCCUAUGUGUGAUUAUCCUGGUCAUCCUUUUCCUUUUCCAACAAUAUGGCACAAGCAAAGUUGGCUUCACUUUUUCUCCCAUUAUGCUCGUGUGGUUUGCGUUGAUUGCAUCCAUUGGACUAUACAAUAUUAUCAAGUAUUAUCCACCGGUUCUGAAAGCCAUAUCCCCACAUUACAUAUAUCUUUUCUUCGCGAGGAACAAAAGGGCUGGCUGGGAGCAAUUUGGAACAGUUGUUUUGUGCAUAACAGGUGCUGAAGCUAUGUUUGCUGACUUGGGUCAUUUCAACAAGAAAUCAAUCCAGAUGGCAUACUCAUGCCUAGUUUAUCCAGCACUGAUACUUGCAUAUGCUGGCCAGGCAGCAUUUUUUAUCAAGAACCCAUCUAAGCUCAGCACAACAUUUUAUAGUAGCGUCCCAGAGCCACUGUUUUGGCCAAUGUUUAUCGUAGCUACUUUGGCUGCCAUCGUUGCAAGCCAGGCAUUGAUAUCUGCCAGUUUCUCCAUCAUCAAACAAUCAAUUGCUUUAGGUUGUUUUCCUAGAGUUACCAUGAAGCACACCUCAAAGAAAUAUGAAGGCCGAGUGUACUCUCCAGAGAUCAACUACUUCCUGAUGAUUGCUUGUAUAUUGAUUACUGUUGAUUUUAAGGGUGGACCAGAGAUUGGGCAAGCCUAUGGUGUUGCAGUGAUAUGGGUUAUGCUUAUUACAACGCAUCUGAUCACAGUGGUCAUGAUUGCACAAGGCGGCUGGGUUCCAUUUGCAAUAACUGCAUUUUUCCUUAUAAUUACACUUUCUUGGACCUAUGGCCGAAGCAAGAAAAAUGAAUAUGAAGUGAGUAACUUGAUGGAUAGGCAGGAAUUCAUUAAAACAGUUAAUAUGAGCAACAGAGUACCUGGAAUAUGCAUCUUUUGCACAGACUUGAUGAAUGGCAUCCCACCAAUUGUGCGCCAUUACAUUCAGCACAUGGGUUGUCUCCGCGAACUGAUGGUGUUUGUCACUGUGAGGCAUCUACCUGUGACAUCAGUCCUGCCCGAAGAGCGCUUCCUCUUCGACAGACUAGAGCCUUUUGGUGUUUACAGGUGCAUAGUCCAAUAUGGUUAUAUGGACACCCAAAAUAUGGAGGAUGAUGAGUAUGUUCUAUCAAUCAUUGCAUCCCUCAAGGAAAUAGCUCAAAGUGAUGAUGAGACCAUGAUGAUGGAUUCAGCUUUAGCAAAUGGAACGACCUUUGUACUUGGAAGGGUUAUUUUAAAAAUGAGCUCCAAGCAAAACUGUUUCAAGCGCUUUGUUAUUAGCAACCUUUACAGGUUCUUGCAGAAGAACUUCAGGUCCAACAUUUCCAGUCUAAAGAUAGCUCCUAGUAAAACCUUGCAGAUUGGAAUGCAAUAUGAGAUUUGA